AUGUCUCCACACUCUUCACCCAGCGCCUCGUCCAACUCGAGCGCCAGCGUCCCCGAGAAGCCAUACGUCAAUGUAUCCCGACGAAGCACCUCUCCCUACGACGACGCCGUCACCCCAACAAACCCACACCCCCAACCAAUCGACUACUACAUCAAGGCCGAGACCAAAAGACCCGCCUGGAGGGCGCAAACCCUCUACUUGGCCCCGGAUAAUCAGUUAGAGACCAUUUCAAUCAACCACCUCUGGGAGAGAUCAAAUUUGGAAAGCUUCCUCGAUGGACCAAACGCGGAAAUCGUCUUCUCGUGCAUCCCCGUCCCCCAACCCGGCGUCUGGCGCGAGAAGAAACUCGUCCUAUCCUUCGACUUCAAGAUAGCCCACCUGAAAGCAUACCUCAUUGCGCCCCUGCCCAUCCCCGUCUCGCGAUACCACGCUCAGAAGGAUAUAUGGGAUGAAUGUCGGAAUUCAGAGGCGCUGCAGGACUCAUGGGAUCGUCGCGAGCUUGUCAUUGAUCUCUCGGCGAAUCGCUUCUAUGAAUUGGUCGACUAUACCAUGAAGCAGUACCAGUUGAUCGGCGCGGGGCCAUUGCAAACGGGUAUUUUGAAGGAAUUUGGCGAGACUGAGCGUGUGUUUACCCCCCCAAUGGAUCUGAUUAUCGUUAUUCAAUUCGCCCAGUUCUUAACGGAUACCAUCGAUCUUGUUGUCCCCACCCGCAUCAAGGCGGAUGUCCUUGCUGAAAAGUACACCGCGUACCAGGAAUUCCUGCGCGAGCUGCUCCUGCAGGUUUCACGGGAGGCAUGGAUGAGCGUCGGGUUGCGGGAACGCUGGGAGCAGAUUCAAGCGUGCAAGAAGCGCGAUUUGGCGCGCAAGAUCUCGCACGCGAAUCGCCGGGUUGAACGAGUACAGAAUCAUCCCAGGUGGAGGGCUUUUGGAUGGGGCCGAGGCCGGUUGAUUACGAGUCAUUACUUUUCUGGGGAUUUUGGGACGAAGAGAAGGUGUGUUGAGCUUGCUCUUUCGAAUAUUGUCUUUCUUAUCACGAAGGAGUUUGUGUAUGAGGAGCCUGCUCUCCGUAUGGCGCUGUGGAUUUGGAUUGCGUAUCAGUUUUUCUGUCGGUCUGAAAAUUAG